CGUUGGCUGAUUUCCUUUAAGUUGCUUCGCUUUGAGUGGAAAAAAAAAGCCCUCUGUGCUGCCCACGUUAACAUCGCCCCAGAUAGUACCCGCAGAAUUGGGGUUUGAUGUGUCCCCCAGCCAAUAAACUUUAAGUACUUAAGUGCUCCAAAUCAAAAAGUUAAAUUGUGCGACCUGUACGACCUACGGGUGGGAGCACAGCACCGUUACCUAAGUGGUGGGGUUUGAGCGCGCCCGGGCCUGGGGCAAGGGGGCAGCCGAGGUGACCAGGGUUUCCUGAGUACCCGCUGUGUGCCAGGCACUGUGCUAGGCCCUUGAGAAGCGCCCAGAACGAAAGUAAACAAGAUUCUGGCCACGGAGGCGCGCCAAGACAUCUCGACAGCCAACUAUCCCAUAGAGAAAAUACUUGCCGAGUCUGUUGUAUUUGAUCGUUUUGUAUUUCAGUAUGAUACCCUAUGUUUCCCCAUCACCCCAGGAGUCUGGGCGGAGACUGGACCACACCGUGGGAGAAUCUGCAGCGGUGCUGCUGGAGCAGACAUAUUUCUAGUUGCAUGAGGUGGCCUGGACACUAUUCCCGUGCUCCCUACCCGUACUUCAGUAGCAGGCACUUCUCUCUGAAGUGGAGGCCACCCUGUGUGUUUGCGUCUGGAACUCAGUUUCCAUACUGUAACUGGAUACCUGACCACCUGAACCAGACAGCCUUGAUUCAUCUGUCUAGUUACGUCAUGAACUCAGAGGGAGAUGAGCCUUCGUCAAAGCGAAGAAAACGCCAAGGCAUGAUAAAAAGGAAUUGGGAAUAUGUGUGUGACCAUAAUAAGGAAAAUGCCAAGAUCCUGGGAGAGGAAAAUGUCGAUCCCAGAUGUGAAGACAGCGAGAACAAGUUCGACUUUUCAGUGAUGUCCUAUAACAUACUUUCACAAGAUUUGUUGGAGGAUAAUUCACACCUGUACAGACACUGCCGGCGGCCAGUGUUACAUUGGAGUUUUAGAUUUCCCAAUAUUCUGAAAGAAAUUAAACACUUUGAUGCAGAUGUACUUUGUCUACAAGAAGUUCAAGAAGAUCAUUAUGGAAAAGAAAUCAGGCCAAGUCUGGAAUCACUGGGUUAUCACUGUGAGUAUAAGAUGCGCACAGGAAGGAAACCUGAUGGCUGUGCCAUUUGCUUUAAACAUUCCAAGUUUUCACUCUUAUCCGUGAACCCAGUGGAAUUCUACCGCCGUGAUAUCCCUCUCUUGGACAGAGACAAUAUUGGAUUAGUUUUACUCUUGCAGCCCAAAAUGCCCUGUGCCGCCUCUCCAGCUAUCUGUGUAGCUAAUACACAUCUGUUGUACAAUCCUCGGCGAGGUGACAUUAAGCUGACCCAGCUGGCAAUGCUACUGGCAGAGAUUUCCAGUGUUGCUCACCAGAGAGAUGGCAGUUUCUGCCCCAUUGUUAUGUGUGGUGACUUUAACUCUGUUCCUGGUUCUCCACUCUAUAGUUUCAUAAAGGAAGGAAGGUUGAAUUAUGAAGGACUUGCUAUAGGAAAGGUAUCUGGCCAAGAACAGUCUUCACGGGGACAAAGAAUUUUAUCUAUUCCCAUUUGGCCCCCAAACCUAGGUAUCUCCCAGAACUGUGUGUAUGAGGUACAGCAGGUACCAAAAGUAGAAACAUCAGAUGGCGACUUAACACAAACACAGCUGGAGAAAACAGAGGUCCUAGUAACAGCCGAAAAAUUAUCUUCAAGUUUACAGCACCAUUUCAGCUUGUCCUCCGUUUACUCACAUUACUUUCCUGACACUGGGAUUCCAGAAGUGACCACCUGUCAUUCCCGAAGUGCCAUAACUGUGGAUUAUAUUUUCUACUCUGCAGAAAAGGAAGACGUUGCUGGGCACCCAGGAGCUGUUGCUUUGGCUGGUGGCUUGAAACUUCUCGCGAGACUCUCGCUUCUCACAGAGGAAGACUUGUGGACUGUUAACGGACUUCCAAAUGAAAAUAAUUCCUCUGACCAUCUGCCUCUGUUGGCUAAGUUCAGACUUGAGCUCUGACUCUUCUUUGAUUAUGUACAUAAUUUUUUUCAAACUUACGUCCUUUUUCAGCACAUGUAAAGUUGUUGAAUGUUUGCAUGUUUAUUUUUGUGCUGUGGAGUAACAGAUACCAAAAGAAGUUUAUAAUAAUUUUCUCUUUCAAUAAUGAAAAAUAUUUUCCUGACAAGAUCUAAAUACUCUUUAUUGUAAAAGAGGUAUAAAUAUUUUUUAUUCUAAUUCUAGUAAAAUUGAUAGUGGUUUUUAAAUGUAGCAUAUCUUCUUUAGUCUGCUUAGGGAAGCAUUUAAUUCAUGUUUUUGGCGAGCUUUGCGGUGGGUCCAGACUAUACAUGGGUUCUUGAAAAACACAGAUUGGCUCCUUUCUGCAAGGCCUAGUUUCUUUGGGGAAGCCCUUCGUUGGGGCCUAAUUAGUUCACCUAAGAAGUCACUGGGUCAUUCACCAGUGUCCAACCAUGCUAGUGUUUGAAGGCGCUUGGUAAUGCUUUUUAAAUAAUACAGAAACGUGCGCCAUCUCAGUUCUGGGCAGAACCACAGAACCUGCUUACAGCUGGUUUAGAGAGUUUGGGGAAUGCGGGCUGCUGUGCAGUGAGGGAAUGAAUCCUUUGCGCGUGCCUGCUCUUCUGCCUCUGUCAGCCAAUGCUGGCCUCAGAGAAGCAGAGCUGGGGGCUGGGCCUGGUGGUGGUUUUUUCCUUCUCUUUUUUACAUUAGUUGCAAGAAUAGAUCCCUGGGUUAAGGGAGGCAUUUAUUUUACUGAACUGAUUCUAUAGACAUUUAUUUUAUUAAGAAAGUUGUCACUGGAACAAAGGGGCAGCUAUGAGACUCCUUGUGGUGCGACUCAGGACCUGAGGAGGUUGCGAAACUCUCCCUGCGAGAGCCUGACCUGCAGCCCGCAAGUGCUUGCGGGAGGGAGUCGUCUUGACUGCGUGAAGGUUUCUCCUUGGUUAUCAGAGUUGCAUUU